CUAUUAGUUGUAUGUGUAUAACAUUAUUUAGUACACAAUCGGGUUGUAUAAAAUUAAAUUAAUUAAAUUGGUGUGUAUAAAAAGGAUUUAUUUUUGUGUGUCACAAGAUGUUGCUUCUGUUAUUAGUAUUAACAAUUUUGUCUCAACACAAUGUUUUAGGGCAAUUCGGGGAAUACGCCCAAGAGUACGGCUACGUGACCGUAAGGCCGGGCGCACACAUGUUCUACUGGUUGUUCUACACGACCGCCGACGUCCCUAACUACACUGAUAGGCCCCUGAUAGUGUGGCUGCAAGGCGGGCCCGGCGGAUCCUCCACUGGUACUGGCAACUUCGAGAUCCUCGGUCCACUCGACCUCUCGCUCCAGGAGAGGAACUUCACAUGGAUAAAAAACUUCAACGUUCUUUUUGUGGAUAAUCCAGUUGGUACAGGCUUCAGCUAUGUUGAGAACUUGCAGCUCCUGACUACAACGAACGACCAAAUAGCUUUGGAUUUCGUAGAACUGAUGAGAGGCUUUUAUGCCGACAAUCCUAUGUUCGAGGGAAUUAACUUGUAUAUCUACGGCCAGUCGUAUGGCGGGAAAAUGGCAGUCGACAUGGCACUCCGAAUGCGUGAGGCAGAAGAAGCUGGAACCAUCCAAUCGAAUCUUCGCGGCAUCGCGAUGGGUAACGCCUGGAUAUCUCCAGUAGACGCAACCUUGACGUGGGGCCCCUUACUCUUAGCAGCUGGGCUUGUAGACCAGGAGGGAUAUGAAGCUAUUCAGGCCUCCGCUCGGGAAGCUGAACGACUUUUCAAUGAGGGUCAGUACGUGGCGUCCACCAAUCAAUGGGCUGCGACGCAAGGCGUAGUCUUCCAACGCACUACUAACGUGGACUUCUACAACAUACUGACGAAAAUGCCCACAAAUCAGCCGGAAUCGCGAAGUGCUUUGGAAUUGUCACGUGACAUGCUAAUACACAACAGGCCGUACGGAUCUCCUAUGAACGACCCGGUUGUGUACACUCUCAACUACAUGAUGAACAACUUGGUAAAGCCAGCCCUAGGAAUCCCAGACCACGUGGUAUGGGGCAGUCAGUCUAACGCAGUAUUCAAUUACCAAAACGGUGACUUCAUGAAACCUGUCACUGAAGGCAUUGAAAAGCUAUUAAACGAAACCGAUAUAAUAAUCACCAAGUACAAUGGAAACCUAGACCUGAUAUGCGACACUCCGGGUCAAAUUCUCUGGGUGGACAGACUCAAAUGGCCUGGAGCGGAAGCAUACAAGAACGCUACCCGUCAGCCCAUUUGGGAAAACGAUAAGCUGGAGGGUUAUUAUAAAGCGUACGGAAACUUUAGAUUCUUCUGGAUCAACGUAGCAGGCCAUAGUGUUCCGAGGGAUAAUCCGGCUGGAAGUAAUGCCUUUUUGAGAGAUAUGACAUCUUUUGGAUAAACGAAGCGUCAUGCGUUGAUGUCUUUUGCAUGUUAGUGACAAUGAUAUAAUUGUCACAUGGUGGCAUUGUUAGUGGAAGACUGUUACUUGUUAUGACGUGUCACAGUCUCUAUACUCUAAUGUAAUCGGCAUCAAGUACAAAUUACAAAUAAAAUAAACAUCUAUCAAUGUGUUAAUUUCAAAUUUUCGUGAUCUUUCACUUGCGCUGACUAAGCCGUAAAUAUAUCAUAAUUGUAAAAAAUAAAUAAAUUUUGAUAUUUAAUAAAUUA